AGAGCCAAAAAAGAAAGCCAAAAGUGCUCCAAAGAAGAAGAAAGGUUCAGGUUCAGAUGACGACAAUGAUGACGAUGAUGAUGAAGACACCCCCAAAAAGAAGACGAAGAAAAAGACAACAAAGGACACCUCUCUAUCUGCAAGCUCUGCCAAAGAAAAGAAAUCUAAAUCUAAAGACGACAAAGAUUCUGAUGGGAAAGAAAAAAAGUCCAAGUCAAAGGAGAAGGACAAGGACAAGAAGAAAGAACCAGCUUCAAUGUUCCAGAUAAAUGGAGAAAAAGACUCAAAAAGCAAGAAGAAAGCUGCCAAAUCAGACAGUGAUGACAGUGAAGAAGAGACAAAGACAACCAAAUCAAAGAAGAAAUCCACAGCCGGCUCAGCGUCCAUGUUCCAAACAUCAGGAGACAAGGACAAAGAUAAAGACAAAGACAAAGGCAAAGACAAAGACAAGAAGACAAAGAAGAAAGGAAAGGCAGAUGAUAGCGAUGAUUCUGAGUCCGAAAAAGAGGAAAAAUCAAAAAAGAAAAAAGGCAAAGGGAAGAAGAAAAAGGAGAGAUCUCCGUCACCUGAGAUUGAAUUUGACGACUUGGAGAAGUUUGUGAUAGAGCCAGCUCAGCAGGGCGUGACUGUCAAAUGCAGAGUGACUCGAGACCAGAGAGGGAUGGAUAAGAGCCUCUACCCUCUGUAUUACCUUCACCUCGACAAUGAGAAAAAGACAUUCUUGUUGGCUGGGAGGAAACGAAAGAAAAGUGCAACUUCAAAUUACCUCAUCUCCAUUGACGCCACAGAUUUAUCAAGAGGUGGAGAGAACUUUGUUGGAAAGUUGAGAUCCAAUUUAAUGGGGACUAAGUUCACCGUAUUUGACAAUGCUCUGCAUCCAGACAGAGCUCUUCCAGACAUGUCUAAUGCACGUCAGGAAUUAGCAGCUAUUAUCUAUGAAACAAACGUCUUAGGAAUGAAAGGGCCCAGAAGGAUGACGGUCCUCAUUCCAGGAAUGAGCAAAGAAAACGAGCGAGUACCUUUCCGACCAAGAAAUGACUGUGACGGCUUGUUGAUAAGAAACCAGAAUAGAAGGAUGGAAAAUAUAAUCGAGCUUCACAACAAGACGCCUGUGUGGAAUGAAGAAACUUCAUCUCACGUGCUCAAUUUCAACGGCAGGGUCACCCAGGCCUCCAUCAAGAACUUCCAGAUAGUCCAUAGCAAAGACUUGGACUACAUUGUGAUGCAGUUUGGCCGAAUAGCUGAUGACAUUUUCACGCUGGACUACAACUACCCGAUGUGUGCUGUGCAGGCCUUUGCCAUCGCACUCUCCAGCUUUGACGGUAAAAUCGCGUGUGAAUAACACAAAGAUUUCCACUCGUCUACUAACACUGAAACCUGCAGCAUGCUCCCACUCGCAUCAGAACAUCUCAUGACUUUGGAUCCGCCUACAACACUUCCUGUGAUGGAUGCUGAUAACAAAUGAUGGUUCCUUGUAUGCAGCAAUACUCGCCGUUGCGCUUUGGCCUUGAUGUGAUUCACCAGAGGAGUAAGAAACUAAAUUGGUCUCGUAUUAUCGUCUGAUCUUGCACGACAUGACACAGGAGGGUUCUGGUUUUUGGUCCCAGUAAUUCAGUGAAAACGUCUAAAUUACUGUGAAUUACUUCAAAGGACUCCAUUGGCUGGAGAGUUAUGGGUGUUUUGGUGGUAUGCCUUGAUGAUGAAGGUGUUAAGAUCACUAACAUCAUUAAAAGAUGUUGAACUUUGUUGAGCUGUCUUGCAUUGUACUGCUGUGUGCUGGGCAUGUCACUUACAUCUUGUGUGAGAUCUGACUGUUAAAUGCAAACAUAACACACUGUUACACUCACAACAUAACUGAUACUAAUUUACUUUUAGGCCAAGGACAACAGGUAUCAAGUCUCACAGCUGUGUAACACAAAAGACCAUAUUUUAGUAAUUUCAUUGAAGCAUAGCCUUCAGGUAUCAAGCUAUGCUAGAGAAACAAACAUAGAAGUGUAACAUUUUGGUGUAGACGUGUCUUCAGUUGUUGGUAUCUAGUGCUAACAUGUCAUGUUUGUCUAUAUUUCAGUUUUCUUUCCCUUCCCAUCUCAGAUUUUUGGAUCUGAGCUCCUGUAGGUUUUUCUAUAAUGUGCUUUUUGUGAUUUUCUUUUUUCUGAACACUGCCUUUGUUGCAUUUCUAGGCUUAUUGUAAUAAUGUUAUUUAAUAAAGCAUGUGAAUUUAUUUC